ACCAGAGAUUUCUUCACACAACAACAAUGGAAACCUCAUCAACUUUGAGUUCUUGGAUUACUUUUUUGGGUCUUGUAAUUGCAAUAGGAAGCCUUAUGCAGGCAGCAGAUGCGAGGGCUUUCUUCGUCUUCGGGGAUUCACUUGUGGACAGUGGCAACAACAACUACCUGGCAACAACUGCCCGGGCCGACUCACCCCCUUAUGGCAUUGAUUAUCCAACUCACAGGCCAACAGGCCGCUUCUCCAAUGGCCUUAACAUCCCCGACCUUAUCAGUCAACGGAUGGGCUCUGAAUCGGCAUUGCCAUACUUGAGCCCUGAGCUCACUGGACAAAGGCUGCUUGUUGGGGCAAACUUUGCUUCGGCUGGCAUUGGAAUACUCAAUGACACUGGAAUUCAGUUUCUAAACAUAAUAAGAAUGUACAGACAAUUUGAAUACUUCCAAGAAUACCAGCGACGAGUGCGUGCUCUGAUUGGAAGCGCCGGAACAAAGAGGCUUGUGAGCCAAGCGCUCAUUCUCAUCACUGUUGGUGGCAAUGACUUUGUUAACAACUAUUACUUGGUUCCCUAUUCGGCAAGAUCUCGCCAAUACUCCCUGCCCGAUUAUGUCAAGUAUCUCAUCUCAGAGUAUCGCAAAAUUUUAUUGAAGCUAUAUAAACUUGGAGGUCGAAGGGUUCUUGUGACAGGAACCGGACCCAUGGGUUGUGUCCCGGCGGAAUUGGCGAUGCGAAACACAAAUGGCGGAUGCUCAGCCGAGCUGCAAAGAGCUGCUGCCUUGUUCAACCCACAACUCCUUCAAAUGUUAAGAGAAAUAAAUAACAAAGUUGGCAAAGAUGUCUUCAUAGCUGCCAAUACACAACGCAUGCACAGGGAUUUCAUUAAUAACCCUCAAGCAUUUGGAUUUACAACAGCAAAGAUAGCUUGUUGUGGGCAAGGGCCUUACAAUGGGAUUGGACUGUGCACAGGACUCUCCAACUUGUGCCCCAACCGAGAUGAGUAUGCGUUUUGGGAUCCAUUCCAUCCAUCUGAAAAGGCGAACAAAAUAAUUGUAGAGCAGAUCAUGUCCGGCUCUACUCACUACAUGAACCCCAUGAACCUCAGCUCUCUCAUGGCCUUGGAUAGUCGGACUCCAUAAUCACCUCAGAGGGGUGAAGAGUCUUUUUCUGGGAAAUAAUUGCUUGCCAAUGUUUAUUUCUUUUCACUGUCCUGCAUUAUCAGGCUUGAUAUUUGAAAUUUGAAACU